UCGGCUCCUUUAGCGUCAUCUCCACCAGCCAGCUCUGCCUCUCGUCUUGGCGUCGACGCAAUCUCGGCGGCCGCCAGAACCUCUCCGUCUCCCUCCUGAUCCGCUCGGCACUAGCCGCCACACGUCUGCCAAUGACCGCUGUACGCCGCCUCCUUUGAUUAGAUCGCUGCAAACGCCCGCCGCACAACGCAACCGGUUGCCGCACACUUCCGUCAAUUGGAAACGCGUAGGCCUUCUUCCUGUAUUUUGUGCUUGAAAAUUUGUGCCAAUUUAGGAAUUGUGAUCUGGGCACUUGACAGUUUUAGUUCAUUUGCUCAAUUCUGGCUGUAACUUGAAUAUGAUGAGAUAACGCUGAUGUAUGGAAAAACCCAUGUUGUGAAAAUUGAGUAUCACCUUCGUUCUGCAGUAUAUUAGGACUCUAGGAGGGCGUUUCACUGACUUAGACGUGCUCUUCUUGGGAUUGAAUUGCAAAUUUCUGUACUUGGUAUUAAAUUGAACUUGAGGAGUUAGAUGAGAUAUGAUGUCUGAGGAGACUGGACAGUUGUUGGUGGUAUAUGAUGAUCCCUCUGACCAACAAUCCUUGUCUUUAGAUGAAACCGGCAGCACAGAGGAGUCUCCUGAUGAAACCAGGCUGUCCUUGGAUUCAAGUAACGAUGCAAUUCCAUAUAUAGGGCAAAGGUUUCCUACUCAUGACUCUGCUUAUGAGUUUUAUAGUGAAUUUGCAAAGAGGUGUGGCUUCUCAAUUCGAAGACAUCGAACAGAGGGAAAAGAUGGGAUUGGGAAAGGCCUUACUAGGCGCUAUUUCGUUUGCCAUCGUGCUGGAAAUACACCUAUUAAAACGCCGAACGAAAAUAAGCCUCAAAGAAAUAGAAAAUCCUCUCGGUGUGGAUGUCAAGCAUAUAUGAGGAUAAGCAAAACAAUGGAACUAGGACCACCAGAGUGGCGUAUCACUGGUUUUGCAAACCACCAUAAUCAUGAAUUAUUAGAACCAAACCAAGUUCGUUUCCUUCCAGCAUAUCGAACAAUUUCUGAGAUAGACAAGGCUCGAAUUGUGAUGUAUGCCAAAUCAGGAAUUUCUGUGCAGCAAAUGAUGAGGCUUAUGGAGCUAGAAAAAGGCGUGGAGCCAGGAUAUUUGCCUUUCACUGAGAAGGAUGUAAGAAAUCUACUUCAAUCAUUUAGAAAAUUAGAUCAUGAAGAAGAGAGCAUUGACUUAUUGAGGAUGUGCAGAAACAUUAAGGAGAAAGAUCCAAACUUCAAAUUUGAGUAUGUGAUUGAUUCAAACAACAGGUUAGAGAACAUUGCUUGGUCGUAUGCCUCGUCCAUUCAAGCAUAUGAGAUAUUUGGUGAUGCAGUUGUCUUUGAUACCACACAUCGAUUGACUGCAUUUGACUUGCCACUUGGUAUAUGGGUUGGAAUUAAUAACUAUGGCAUGCCUUGCUUCUUAAGUUGUGUACUUCUUCGGGAGGAGAAUUUGAGAUCAUUUGCAUGGGCUUUAAAGGUUUUUAUAGGGUUCAUGAAUGGAAAGGCUCCACAGACAAUAUUAACUGACCAAAAUGUGUGUCUCAAAGAUGCAAUAGCAGUCGAAUUGCCAACUACUAAGCAUGCACUCUGUAUUUGGAUGAUUGUGGCGAAGUUUCCAUCAUGGUUUAAUGCUGUUCUUGGAGACCGUUAUAACGAGUGGAAAAGUGAAUUCUGUCGACUAUAUAAUCUGGAAUCUAUUGAGGAUUUUGAAUUAGGGUGGAGGGAUAUGGAGAAUUCCUUCGGUUUGCACACUAACAGGCAUAUAGCCAACUUGUACUGCUUGCGAUCACUUUGGGCAUUACCAUUCUUGAGAAGCCAUUUCUUCGCUGGAAUGACAACAAUUGGCCAAUCAAAAACAAUUAAUGCUUUUAUUCAGCGAUUUUUGAGUGCACAGACUCGACUAGUACAGUUUAUUGAACAGGUAGCUGUUGGGGUGGAUUUUAGAGAUCAAGCUGGAGAACAACAAACAAUGCAACAAAAUCUCCAAAAUAUCAGUCUCAAAACAGGCGCCCCAAUGGAAUCGCACGCUGCCACCAUCCUCACUCCCUUUGCCUUCUCGAAGCUUCAAGAACAACUCGUGUUGGCAGCCCAUUAUGCAACGUUUCAAAUGGAUGAUGGCUUUCUUGUGAGACAUCAUACGAAAGUUGAGGGAGGUCGGAAGGUGUAUUGGGUUCCUCGUGAAGGCAUCAUAAGUUGCAGUUGCCAUCAAUUUGAGUUCUCUGGAAUUCUUUGCCGCCAUGCCCUCCGAGUUCUCUCGACUGUGAAUUGUUUCCAGAUACCCGAUAGCUAUCUUCCCGUACGAUGGAGAAGGAUAAGCAUGCAUUCAGCAAAGCUCCUUCAAAAUACUACAAAUGACCAUGCUGAAAAGAUUCAGUUGUUGCAGAGCUUGGUGUCGACUCUUGUAACCGAAUCUGCAAAGUCCCAGGAGAGGCUUGAUAUCGCAACCGAGCAAGUGUCUCUGCUCUUAUCUCGCGUGCGGGAACAUCCAACAUCAUUACCAGGUUCGAGGGAUGUUUCUUCCCUACACAGGAACUUGUGACCCAUGUUGUAAACUAAACCAGGAAAAAGAGUUCAAGGAAACAUUGUACAUGAAGUGAGACCGAUCUGCGAUCGGGUUCGGGAGAGGAGACGAAUAGGUGAAAGACAGGUCAUUUUAAAGGCCGAUGAGCUUAGUUUCAUGUGCCAUUACUGUAUGGUAUUCAGAAUUAGCAAAAGAAAAGAGGUGUUGUGCCAUCUAUUUGCUUAAGAAGGAUUAUUUUACCUUCUCCACAAUUCUGUGAUGUAAAGAAUUUAGUGUAAGCUUUCCUCUCUUGUACUCAUUUGUACACAUUUGUACACAUUUCCUUCUGUUCUAAUUCUCUACUUACAAAUUUGCCUA